AAUAAACGCUGUGAUAGUUGGGUCGAGUCGAAACACCCUGAGAUGUAUGUACGGGCAAGAUUGUGUACCACCGAAAGGAGAUAUGGCAUAUCGCAUAAAGAAACAAACCUUAAGCAUAUGGGACACCCUGGGAGCUCGGUUCGUUCGUUGUCCUGUCCUUUUGUUGGCGGCCAAUUUGGUGUGAUCAAUAAUUUAGUGGUUAGCAAGUACCUAAUAAGGGUCCCUGGUCACCUAAGCCGAUAUCAUUUCAAGCGUCGCCGACCCUCCCUCGACAUCCCCCAUUUUGAAAGGAGAUCAAGCAACCACUACCUAGCUCUGCGAUACAAUAUUUUGUAGGCGAGAGAGAAUCGAUAAAAGUACCCGAAGCUUCCUGAUUCAUACCGCGACUCGAGAAAUAAGGCGGUGUCCAGUCCGCUGCAUUUGGCGGUGGAACCGUGGUAGUCACAGGCCUGUGAAUCUACCUAGCCAGGUUGUGGGAGGACUCCUGCAUCUGCAGUUCGACACAUCAAAAAUGCCAUCAUCGCCGCAUACUCCCAGACACUCUCGGAACUCGUCCGCCUUCGAUAGCUUCUCCGGCUCGCCCCAAGCCCGAAGACUCUCCAAGUCAUCGGUGCAAGAACCUUCAACCCCGUUCCAGAACAGCUUCAAUCAGCAGGAUGCAUCCGACUUGGGUGGAAACGGCAUGGGCAACCUAGCUGAUGAGCUUGCCGAUGCCUUUUCUGACUCAGGAGACGAAGGAGAAUACACAGAUGGUGAUGUCAACAGUGACAUGUUCGGAGGUGAAGGGGAAGGACAGAGCAAUGAUCAGAUGGACGAGAUUGAAGAUACCGAAGACACCAGCAGUCCAAAAAAGCAAGGAAACGAUAGGGCAAAGGUUAUGAACCUAACACUUCUCUCACCUCGACGGAAACACCAGCGUCAAACUAGUAAUUACGAUGGCAGUGAAUAUGGCUCGGAAUCCGACCUGGAUUCCCCUGGUAUGCCACCGGGCUUGGUGUCCAAAAUGGAUGCUGUAGAGUCGCUGGCUCGGAGAGGAACAGAGAACUACGGUGGCCCAGCAGACGAUGUUUUCAGGAGAGUGACCAACGCCCUGCGGGACCUCGGCUCCCAGUCAAGUGUUGAAGCGAGCGCCUCAAGGUUGAUAACAGCACACUCAGCGUUGACCACGCACCUGAACCACCAAUCUCGCCAGAUCUAUAACCUGUCCUUCUCUCUGCUGUCCCCUCUCGUUGCACCGCCAGACCCAGAGACUAUUGACGACUUGAUACCGUUGCUCUUAAACCUCUCUGAUGCCAUGCCGCGGCCUUCAACAUCGGCCUUCAACUCCUUAACUAGCCUCCACACCCUUACUACUGAACUUGUCCAAAACCUCAAUUACCUCUCCGACACACUACACAUGUCUCGCCAGACAACGACAAUGGCGACAAGAAGACUGAAGAGCGCAAAGGAGAUUGUGGCUGAGAUGAGGAGGGAAGAGGAGCUUAGAGAGGAGGGCGAGCGAUGGCUGACAAGGGGCAAUUGGGGAGAACGUCUGGAGAAGCGAGAAUGUGCAGGAGUGUGUGGAGAUGUAAUUGGCGGAUUCGAGGAGGUCUGCAAUGGAUGGCGAGAGAGACUGCUCGCGCAAGCAGAGGCCCAAGCAUGAACAAUGGAAUGAAUCGAGUGCUCGUGUGCUAGUGGUGCGGGACACACUCACUAACAUGCCGGCCCUUUCCAACAUUCGGACUUUGGGGCCUUUAUUUUGUUGCGCAUACAUAUAUAUCCCUGACUGACACCGUUCUUUUUCCUUUUCUUUUACCCCUUGAAAACGCCAUUCCAUAUUUUCUUUGUUCGUUUUCACAAUUUUCAGGGUGGCUUGACCGUGCUUGGAAGGAAAAAGGCGCAGCAAGGUAUGGAGGGAGUUCUCUGUUGGGAGACUGCCCUCGACAUGAUAGAACAAUUUUUAGAGGCAUCGUCAAAGAACGAACAAUAGAAUGAAGUGAUGAUCCAAGGUUCCCAUGACCGCAAGCUGCAGGAUAUCGAACCUCGAAGUGCUGGAGAGUUAAGUUUUCAGUCGGGCGCACAAUAACACCCAAUAUAUCGUACAGCGUGGACGAUUGCUGUUAUUUACCACAGCUUAUCUAAUGGAGAAAAGAAAACUCGAGACCUC